ACUCCUCUGGAGCAGACAUAUCCGACUAUGAGCUAUCUGAGUGCAUUGCCUUGUCCAGACAGCGCUUCCAUUCCUUACCCGGCCAAUAAAACCCACUGCAGUGCCAGCCAGGCGCUGGAGAGAGAGACAGAGAGACACACACACACACACAGAGCUUCCUCAGCGCAUCUUUGCUGCAGAGUUCCCUGCAUCCCCUCACUUUGUCCUCACUUUUGGGCGCUGUCCAUGGUUGCAGCACUUGCCUGCUUGACGUCAGCCAGCCGGAGACGCCCGUGCUAUUGGCUGAGGAGCCAGGCCGACCUUUGGAAUUGUGCGCGCAACCCCGCUCCCGCCCCACUCCGCCCCGGGCACCCCUGUCUCUUACUCCCACGUUCCAGGAUAGGGAGAGGAGUUGGCCGGGCAGCGCUGCGCUGAGGGGGGGACACGCGGACAGCCGCAGCAGCAGCCCGGGCAGUCGCAGCUGGAAGGAGCCGCCCCGCUCAGGCCAGAGGCUCUGUGCAUGGAACUUUGCCCUGCCUGCUCGGAUUCCCUAUGACAACAACAUGGAAGAAUUUUUGCAGCGCACCAAAUCCAAGCUGAACCGGAGCAAACGCCUUGGGAAAGUCCAUGUUGUUCUUGGGAAUAAACCAUGUGAUUUGGAUUCUCUCAUUUCUGCAUUAACGUAUGCCUACUUCCUAGACAAGGUCAGUCCCCCGGAUGUUCUAUGCUUGCCCGUGCUGAACAUACCAAGAAGAGAAUUCAGCUACUACCCAGAAACAAGGUUUAUUUUGGAAGAGUUGAAUAUCCCAGAAUCAUUCCAUAUCUUCCAAGAUGAAAUCAAUUUGCAUCAGCUGAAUGAUGAAGGGAAAUUGUCUUUAACGCUUGUUAACAGCAACAUGCUGGCAAGUGAUGAUAGAAGUUUGGAAUCAGCUGUUGUCAAAGUCAUCAAUCCAGAUGAGCGAUGUGAUGCCAACUUGGGGUUACAGGCGUCUUCUUCCUCUUUAGUAGUAAAAGAGAUUCUUCAAGAGGCACCAGAGUUAAUCACUCAGCAACUGGCUCAUCUCCUCAGAGGAAGCAUUCUCUUCAAAUGUAUGUCUAUGGAACCAGAAAGAAUUACAGAACAACAGGAAGAAAUACUGUCAAUUCUAGAAGAAAAAUUUCCAGAGCUGCCUCCUCGAGAGGACAUAAUCUCUGUUUUCCAGGAGACCCCAUUUAAGGCUCAAGGUUUAAAUAUUGAGGAGGCUAUGUUGAAGGAUCUCAAGGAGCUGUCAGAUGGAGAAAUUAAAGUAGCAGUUAGCACGGUGUACAUGACCCUUGAGGAUUGCAUAUUUCACAGGAAUAUCACUGGUGACCUGAAAGCAUUUAUAGAUAAAUAUGGUUUUGAUGUUCUUGUGAUUUUGGCCAACUAUUUAGCAGAGGAUGAGCAGGCUAAGCGGCAGAUAGUGGUGUACUCAGAAAACUUAGAGCUAUGCAAUCAAAUUUGCUGUGAAUUAGAAGAAUGUCAGAAUCCUUGCCUGGAGCUGGAUCCUUUAGAAUGCGGAUGUGACCAAUUCCUCGUUUAUCACCAAGACAAUGCUUUGGUGACUGGUGAUCAAAUUUUUCUAAUAAUUAAAGAAGUUAUUAACAGAAGACAGCCAGAAAUGGUACCAAACAGCAGAACGUCUUCUACUGAAGCUGUUGCUGGGAGUGCUCCACUUUCACAGGGAUCUUCUGGUAUCAUGGAGCUAUAUGGUUCUGACAUAGAACCACAGCCCAGUUCUGUCAACUUUAUAGAAAAUCCUCAAGAUCUCAAUGGAUCUAUCCAAGCCCAUGUUGAUGUUAAUAUAGACCUUGUGAGUCCAGACAGUGGAUUGGCUACCAUUAGAAGCAGCCGGUCUUCCAAGGAGAGCUCAGUUUUUCUCAGUGACGAUAGUCCAGUUGCAGAAGGUGCUCAUCACAGUCUCCUUCCAGGUUUUGAUUCCUAUAGCCCCAUUCCUGAAGGAGCAAUACCAGAAGAACAACAGCCUCAGUCUAGAAACAACAGUGAUAACUUUGAUCUUUUCAGUUUUGAUCUAGCACCUAUGGUUACAAUUCGAUCUGAAUCUUCUUCUCGUUCUGUUGAUUAUUCCCCAGCAGAUGACUUCUUCCUGAAUAGUGAUUCAUCAGAAGGACAACCACCUAUUGUGCAGAAAGAACUUGAUGAGACAAAUCUAUCAGAAAAUGACAUGGCUAAUUAUUCAUCCAAUUUACUAAUGACAACAAAUGAAGAAGACAGUUUAGUAGAAUUUGAUGAUGAAUUUAGGCAAGAAAAUCCUGGAGAUUUGUCUGAAAAAACUUCAAGUUUGACAGAUUUAGUGGAAGAUGAUUCUUCUUCGCCUGAGGUGUUGAAAAAUGUUGAAACAAGAAUUCCCCCAACUCCUAUGAACAGUCUUGUAGAAAGCUCACCAUUAGAUAAUGGACCACCUUUGUUUUUUCCACAAGAUGUAAUUAAAAAAAUUAAUGAAAUAGAUAGUGCAAGCUAUUCUCAGUCACGUGCUAGGUAUGGAAGCUGGUGGGAUGGUUUUGAAUUAGAUUCUAAAAAUGCUGAUGCUUGGAGUUCAAGUGAACAGGAAUCUGUAUUUCAAAGCCCUGAUUCAUGGAAAGAUCGUAAAGCAAGCCCAUUACUUCGGGAGCACUUUGAUAGAAGAGCCUCAGAUUCUGUAUUCCUGCAAAAACAGCCAAGGCAGAUGGAAUACUCAAGAACAGGUCUGUGGGAGAAUCAGUUUAACCCUGUCCGAGAUAAACAUAGCUUAGAGCUGCAGAAGAAAACCACUGAACACUCACACGGGCAAAGUACAUCUUUAGAGGAGACAAAACAACACAUGGAAGCAUUUACUGAUUUGUGGAAGUCCAGUCAGCUGACCCCAGUGAUAUCAGCUCCAUGGUGUAACACUGUAGGUGAAAGUGGACAACUCGAUGCAGAAUCUUACGAUGUUUGGACAGAGUUUGAUCAAGAAGACGGCGCUAAGCCAUCAGAAAAUGUAUGGAGUAUGCUGAAACUGGACACUGAUCAAACUUCUGUGAGGAGUCUUGAAGCCUGGGCCAUGUCCAAAACUAAUCUAUCAUAUUCUUCAGAAAACACUGCAGAAAAUGAGUCUGAAAACCUGAACAAUGAAGUAUCUUCAGAAGCCUGGAACAAAGGGAGGGCUUAUCCAGUGGAAGAAUACAGCACUUUUGAAAAUACAAAGUCCAGUAUUGAUAAUGUGCAGAACAAUUCUAAUCUAGCCAUAGAAAAUCAAAAUGUAUUAGGUGACACUAAAUGUAGACCAAAACAAUUUGAAAAUAUGGAUGUCUGGGAUCUGUAUGAAAAAGACAUAGAGAAAGAAGUACUAGAAACUCUGGUUCCAUGGGAAGAUUCUGUCUUGUCAUAUAGAUGCUCAGACUUUAGCUCAUCAAAUGCCGGUGAAGAUUUAGUUGUUUCUCCACCAGAUACCAAUUAUUCAACAUCUGAUUCAUACAUAUCACCUACAUUUAUAGGGGACGAAAGGGAAAAUGAGGACAAGCAUUUUGACAGAGAAACAAUUUUCGAUGAAGUGAUUAACUCAAAUUCAGAUGAACCUAAAAUAUUGGAGGAAACAGAUAAGGAAUCAUUACCACAACCAUCCAUUAGAAGCAUGCCUUUUCUAAGCUCAGGAAACACAGAAAUGUGGAAUGUGUCUCUUAAUAAUGUCAGUCAGUUAAAAGCAGAAAAUUCUGAAAUUACUGCUCUUCCAAACACUUGUACAGUUUCACGGAAUUCAGAACAAAUAGCUGCUAAGUAUUUUUCAGGUGAUGAGAAUAUCAGUGAAAGUAAUUCUAGUUCUGAGGACACUGGAGUCAUGCAGGUGUAUAAUCAAACAGUCAACCACUUAUCUCAGCCACAUGGUGGACUGAAUACCAGACCAACUGCAGCUGAAAAAAAUGUAGAAAUAUGGAACAGGGUCAUCCUUGAGGAUACACAGUCAUCUACAAGCACUUCAGAGAUGGGUAAUGGUUUCGACUUGAAAGGAAGUGACUUAGAAAAUGAGGUUUCAGUUAAUGGGCAAGUACAAGGAAGCAUUAAUGAAGAUUCAGAAUUGAGAACUCAGCUUUCAGAGCAACAGUUGAAUCUCUGGAGUGUAUACCUUCAGCAGAAUCAUCAGGCAGGAUGGGAGAAUAAUGGUAUCUCUGGUACUUCUCAACAAGGAAUAGAUGAAUAUAAAAGAAUAGAUGAGAUGAGUGGACAGCUAACCAUUAGCAAUGUUUGGAACACAACCAUGCAAGAUAACACAGUGUCACCAUCAGUGUUAUCCAAACUAUCAUGUAUAACAAAUUCAGAAGAAAGUACACCACCAUCCGAAAUUCCUAACUCACCAGAAAAAAUAAGGAACAGUGACAUUUUCAAAGCUUUAGAAACAGAGAAAUCAGAAAUAAAUAUGCCCUUUUCUUGUCCGUCUAACCCUGCCAAUCAGGAACAGAGGAAACGAACUUUGCAGAACAAUGCAGAAUCUUCUGCAACAAGUCACGAGGAAGAAAGACAUUCUGGGCAUUUAGAUUUCUAUAAUCUCCAAAAUUACAGCCAUAGUAAUAUAUCACAGACACUUCCUAGAAAUACUAAUAAGGAAAGUACCGCUACAGAGGGUGCAACAAGUCCCGAGAUGAAAAGUGCCUCUGAAAGUUAUAACAAAGGCGAGGAUGGCCAAGAAAAUCAUUCUCCUACAGUGCCUGAAAAUCUAGAUAGCUGGAAUGACUCUGCGAAGAGUAGCUCUCAAUCAGUUGUAUCAAGUCCUUUGAUAAAUGAAGCACCAGAGGUGUUCAGAGGGGCUCAAGAGAGUUUAUCUGAGGAAGUUCCUAGCAAUUUAGAGAUCUGCAGUUUUGAAUUAGGUUUUUCUGAACUCAGUCCAGAGAUAAGUGAUGCUCAUGAAACACCUUUCAUGAGUGAGAUUCUGCAGACUAAAAUUCAAGUGAAUCCCUCUUCUGAAUCUGCUGAAGUGCCUGGCAUUACAAAUAUAUCUGUGAUGGAUAAUUCAUUAUCACAUGAAAUGGAUUCUGGGGGAAAUGAUGCUUCUGAAGGUUUAGAAUCUGGGAAUAAAAUUCCAGAUGAGGAACAUGUUGACACCACAUCUCAUCAUGAUUUUCCCCAAAUUCUAGGUGUUUGGAAUUCACGCAUGUGUGAAGAUACACAGUCUCCUGGAACAAGUCCUGAGACAAGUGAGGUUCCUGAAAUGACAAACACCAUGAAUAGCCUUCUAGGAGAUACACAAAUCAAAAGUGAUUGUGAAGAGGAUAAUGUAUGGAGUGGUUCAACAAAUGAUUAUACACAGUCCAGUGCCACAAGUCCUGAUAUAAGUGAUGCCUCUGAAAAUGUGCAUGUUUGGGGGAGCAUGCCAGCUACCUGUCAUAGAGAAAGUGAAGACAUUUGGAAUAUCACCAAUGAUGGAUUAGAAAAAGCUCCUGAAAAGGGGGGCUUUGAGAAUAAAAGUCAGGGAGAAUCUGAAGAGAGCAUUGAUCACAAAGUUCCUAAAAAUUUAGAUCUUUGGAAUGCACAUGUAGAUGAUGAUACAGUAUCUUCUUUAUCAAGUCCUGAAGCAAAUGAGGAUUCCAAAAAUUCAGAGGCACCUCAGGCAGUGAUAGAGAUAGAUUCCAACUAUCAAGCAAAUGAGAAUAAAGUUUCUGAAACUAAAGAACACGAUUAUGCACAAUCCAGUGCAGUGAGUUCUGAAGACAGUUUAGAUGCUGAAAUGGAACUGGAGAAAGAGGUUCAGAUGGCCAUCUUAAAUAAAAACUCUGAAAAUGUAAAACCUUGGAAUAUAUCAAAGGAAGAUGAUAUUAUGCACUUAAACACAACUAACAAUGAUACCUGUGAAGCUUUUGAAUAUUUAGAUGGCUGGGAAACAAGUCAGGGAGAAUUUCAAGUGAAUACUUUCCAAGAAAAUCCAGACCAUCCACAUGUUUGGAAUUCAUGUACAAUGGAUUACUAUAUUGCCCCAUCUUCUGCAGCAGGACAUAAAGAAUAUUCUUCAAAGAAUUCAGAAUCAUGGAAUAUAUCAUUGCAAGCUGAUUCUGAAAUAAAUCAAAGGUCCACUGUGGAAACAAAUGACCAUUCAGAAUGGUGGAAUUCAGAAACGCAUAAACACAAGCCAGUAGAAUGGCAAUAUUCUAAUUCAGAUGGUGGUUUAGAAAUUAAUCAAUUGGCAAACAUUAAGCUUGAUGCCUGGGGAGCACCAGUACAAAGUGAAGAACUAAAAGUUGCAUAUCCUGCUUAUCUAGGUAUCCACGCAAAUCAGUCUCCCCCUCUGUACUUUAAGGAAGAGAAAUAUGAAAGUAUAGUGCAUUCCAGGAAUAUUCACAAGAGUCAAAUUGAUCCAGAUAUUGUACAGCAUAAACUGUCUGAUCCACUGGCACUGGCUAAGAAAGAAAGGGAUUUAAAAGAGCAGCCUUUUGUCACAGUUGAUGGAGAUCAAGAUACUUCUAAAAAUGCUUUUCCAGAAAAGUGGCAACCAGAUAUGCCAAACACAUUUGCUCAGGCAAACCUAAUACUUGAUCUUUCAAGAGAUAAUGUGGACGUUCAAAUAAAAACUUCAAAUAAAGAUCUAUUUGUUCAAGAACAAUGGAAUACCGGUGGAACUUUAGAAUUCUGCAGCUCCCCCAAAAAUGCUUUCAUUGCAAAUGACUCAUCCCAAAAACUGAUAGAAAAGUCAAGCCUGAGAUGGAAUGAGUUAGCUGAAGUUCGCCAAAUUACAUGUUCCCCAUAUACUUUACAGGACGAGACUCCAGAAAGUAAUCAGCUAUUCCCAGUAGAUCCUGAUUUGUGGACUGAUACUGAACAGCUUUUCAUUUUGAAAGCUGAUGGUGAAAAUCCUGAUAUAUUAAGUCACUGUGACCAAGACAGUAGUUCACUGGCCUCAAACAGGCCUGAUGUUUGCCAUGAAUAUGAAGCUAAGCAUGCAUCUUCACAAUCUACUGAUGCUUUGGCUGAGGCUGGAGAAGUUACUCAGCUGGUUCUCACGGUGUCCAAUAUAAGCAAAGAAGCAGACUUUGAUUUUAAACAGCAAUUAGUAACUCACAAAGUAGAGACAUAUCCUGAUCGAAAUAGUCCAGAAAAUAAUGAUGGAACACAGGUUGAUCAGCUAAUAUCUCCUAAAGCUCAUGAAGCUUCUGAAUUCAGAAAGGAAAAUAUCUUAAAAAAAUCUGACUUAGAAAAGAAACCAGUUGUUGAAUUAAUGGAUUCAGCAGGCUCCUCUGCUGAAGAUUUGGGAAUGGUUUCCUUGCAUCUUAAAGAUGCUUGCUAUGAAAAUAAUAUUCUUGCAGCUUCAGUGAAGGUAGUUCACUCCCAGAGACAUUUAGUUGCCACUGAUUUCUUUCCCCUUGAUAAUUCGGAAGAAAGCAUAAAAGAUAUGAGUGUCUCAGCUGAAACUGGCCAAAUUCCAGCCAUUGAUCAUACAGCAGUGACUUCCGAUAAAGUAGAAAUAUCAGACAUGUGUGUUGAUGGGAAUGAGACUGGUAUAGAAAAUAGCUCCAACACAUCAAUCACUAACAGCCAGUCAUUAGGUGAAGUGAGCAAACUGACAAUAUUAAACAGUAAAGACAAUGUAGCAGUAGAAAGAGAUGCAACUGACGAACAAACACUCUUCUUAAAAACCUCAUUGGAUGAUAAUGAUAGAGAUGCUGCAGUUUGUCAGCAUGCUGACAAUGUCGUAAAAGAACCUGAACAUUUGCCUGAUAGCCAUAAUCCUUGGUUUAAAGAAUCACCUAAUGAACAGUCACCAGUGGUGUACUCUUCUCCAUCUGAUGUAUCGUUUAAUACAGAAGCCACUGGCAGCAAAGAGAGAGGAAAGGAGAUUUCAUUAAAGCAGCAGUUUUCUGGCAGUGUUUCGGUGGAAAUGCCAUUAUCUCCACUUCCUCCUCAAAAAGAUAAAAUGAACUUUUUAGAGACCAAAGACAGCAUUGCCAAAGAUCAGUCAUUUGACUCAUUUGCAGAGUGCCCCCAGGGAGACCAGGCAUUGGGGUCUUUACCAUUAGAGUCUGAAGUGAUGCCUGAAUCCUCUGAUAUCUUGAAAGGAUUAGAACAUGAAGCACAAAGAAGUAAUACUGAUUCACCAGCAGGUGGAGUCACAGGAUCACCCAAUGAAGCUGCCAGUGACCCCCUCUAUACUGAGGGGAAUGGAAGAAAUUCCACUGAGAGCCCUGAACUGAUAAGUACAGAGAGUAAGGAAGAUAUGAGGACACAGGUGAACAAAGAUCAGACUGCACUAGAGAUGGAUUACAUCCUUGUUACUGCUGAAGAAAAUGGAUCUGUGAAGAAGGAUAUCCUUGAAACAAAGGAAAGUGAUUUUGCAUUUCAAGAAGCUAAUGUGGCUGAACAAACAGAGUCUCAUGAAGCCUUUUCAGCAGGCUUCUCAGAUACAUUUCAGUCAAUCUCCAUAAUAAAUGAAAGUAAAGACCAAUCUUUUUUGACUACUGAAUGGGGUUCUUUUCAUUUAGCAGAGAAAAGUCCUUCUGUUUUGCCUCAAAGACUGGGUGAUGAAAAGAGAUCUCCUGAAAGCCCUGCGCAAGACCACAGUUGGACAGUGCUGGGCAAAAAUGAAGCCAGUGAUAUAUCACCUGAAGAAAUUUCAAGCAGGACAGAAACAAUGGACUCAGGGUCUGGACAUUCUGUCAAAGAACUGGAAGCAGUUUUAGACCAGGAGUUGAUCCAUGACAAACAAUCUGGAGUUCAGCUAAAAAAACCCCCUCACAAAUCAUUUGAACAAGAGAAAUAUUCUCCCUUAGACAGUCUGACGAGGGAGGACAAAAAUUCAAGCAUCGUAAGGACUGAUGCUCUUUUAUUGCAGGUUGUUGGCGGUCAUGGUAUAUGGGAAGUGCAUUCACAGCAGCAUCCUGGAGAUGGCAUGGCAACUGAACAAGAAAUGGAGGAGGAAACAGAGUUUCUCAACAGUGAACGAGAACUAAAUCGAGUUUCAGGAUUGGUACCAGAGGAUGUGGGAAUGGAAAUCCCCUUUGAGGAGGGUGUACUAAGUCCUGAUACUACAGAGAUCAGGCCUGAGCCACCUAAUUCUCUGGAUCUUAAUGGCUCCCACCCCAGAAGAAUAAAGCUCACUGCUCCAAACAUCAACCUUUCUUUGGACCGAAGUGAAGGGUCUGUCCUUUCUGAUGAUAAUCUGGAUACGCCAGAUGAAAUUGACAUCAAUGUAGAUGACCUUGACACACCUGAUGAAGCAGAUUCUUUUGAAUACACUGGAAAUGAAGACCAAGCAGCUGUUAGGGAUGUUUUCCAAGAAGAGUCUGAAUCCAUUCCGGAGUAUACUGCUGAGGAAGAGCGACAAGACAACAGGUUAUGGAGAACGGUAGUGAUUGGAGAACAGGAGCAGAGGAUUGAUAUGAAAGUCAUUGAGCCUUACAAAAAAGUUAUUUCCCAUGGAGGAUACUAUGGUGAUGGUCUAAAUGCCAUCAUUGUGUUUGCUGCAUGUUUCCUGCCAGACAGCAGUCGAGCUGAUUACAACUAUGUCAUGGAAAAUCUUUUCCUAUAUGUAAUAAGUACCUUAGAGCUGAUGGUAGCUGAAGACUAUAUGAUUGUCUACUUGAAUGGAGCAACACCACGAAGAAAGAUGCCUGGAUUUGGCUGGAUGAAAAAAUGUUACCAGAUGAUUGAUCGACGGUUAAGGAAGAAUUUGAAAUCAUUUAUAAUCGUUCACCCUUCUUGGUUUAUCAGAACUAUUCUAGCAGUGACACGACCUUUUAUAAGUUCAAAAUUCAGCAGCAAGAUCCAGUAUGUUGGCACGUUGGCAGAACUCAGUGAGCUGAUUCCAAUGGAAUAUGUACACAUUCCAGAGAGUAUUGUCAAGUAUGAUGAAGAGAAGUGUUUUAAGAGAAGAAUGAGACUGGAUGAAGAGCUGAGGGAAGCAUCAGAAACAGCUAAAACUAGCUGCCUCUCAAAUGAGCCGGAAAUGACUUCUAUGGAGCAGGAACUUGAUGUGACGCUGCGAAAAGAAAAACCAUAACUUCCAGGCACUCGAAGAAGAGCGGUUGUCUGGAUCAGUCUCCCUGACACAGAAGGCCAUGGAGGAAGGGGCAGUUUGGUUCAUUUCUUUUUGGUUUAUGAUUAGCUCCGUGCUGUUCAGAAUUUCUGAAGAAAGCUAAGGGCUCGACCCUGUUGCCACAGAGGCUGCAGGCUUUUGCUCUCACUUUGUUUAUUAUCUUCAGAGGUGUCGUUUGCAGUAAGAACAUUGAUUUAAUUUAGAAUUGUUUUAUGUAACUGUGUAUAUUUUUAAUUUAAAAAUAUCAGAGUUAACCAACAAUGUGCCUCAAGGGUAAUUCAGUGGAACCCUCACAAGAGAGUAGUUACGUUUUGUCUUCAGUAUUUUAACAUUUAUGCCUAGCUUAAUAAAGUGGUAUUAUUACAGUAAACACUCUUAGCUUAGUUUGUUUCACAGAUUAGCUGUAACUCUACUGUUUAAAAUACAUCUAGAGAUAGUUCAUAUUUUUCUCUGAUUGUGUUGAUAGCUCUUGCUGUCUGCGAAACUCUACUUGUUCAGGUUGUGCUACUGAUAACUUUACACAAUCAUUUGCUUGGCCAGAGAGAAGCCUACUUUUUUUGAUAAAUAUAUGAGUCAUUAAAGAGAUUUCUCAGAGAGAAAAUAUCUAAUUGAAAAUGUAAUUUUAGUAAUUGCGUUCAGUGUUUUUAUUUUUUAAUGUCAGGGUUUUUUUUAACAGUGGUCAGUCCUCUAAAUGAUUCUCUCAUGCCCUAACAGUGUUGGCAAUAUUAAAAAAAGCAAACUCGGUAGAUCUAAAACUGUGAUAAUUCAAAAUGGCAUCUUUAGCGCAAGUAAUACAGGCUGAUUAUUCCAUGUUUGUAGUAUGAACGCUGCGGAUUUUCUAAGUGCUAGAUAAAAUAUACAAAUCCAUAGCGUGGUGCCAUGAUCAUUAAAUGCUGAUAUCAAAAUAGUCUGAGAGUAUAUUUUAUAUCAGUAAAAUAAUGAUUGAAAUGCAAUUUGAGUGAUAUAGCAAGAGUACUCACCAGAAAAUAAGCCCCACCGCCCAAAAAUAACAUCUAUGCACAGCUGCUAUACCACAUUCUGGUAUGUAAGACCCUACAGCAUGGCCAUGUGCUAAACAUGGGAAAUACUUGGUGUGGUGGUUGUGGGUAAAUGUUGAUUUUUCUAAUGGUGACCACUGUAUUUGCAUAACUGAAUGCAGGGCCAAUCCCUAGGAUUUAAGGGGCCAUAUGCAGUAUUAUUAAACUGGUACCCCAUGCCUGAUGGCAGCCCGGGCUCGCAUGUGUAUUUUAGAUAAGGGUGGUCUUUUGAAGGAUUUAUUUAAAAAACUGUAUGUCUGAAGAUCCAAGCAUUUAAGGCUAAAGAUGAAUACUCAGAUUGUGCAUCUAAAAAUUGAUCCAAGGAUUUUU